CUCUUCCUCUUUCUUUUUUUUCAUUACCCAUCAUCUCUCUGUGUUUCUCUCUCCCUCUCUGUUUUCUCUCUCUUUAGUUUUUGGUUCUUGGCUUUUCGGUUGAUCUGAUGAAGAAGAUGAAGAUGAAGAUGAAAGGGGUUGUUGCAAAGGAGUCUUCUCCAUAUGUUGUGGGUGAGGACCCAAGAACCAGGUUGAGGCAUCAGAGUCUCUUACUGGACUUUGAAGAGCUACAGAAGGAAACGGAAGCCAUGAAGAAUAAACUGCAGAUGAUGAAACAGAAAAAAUUGACUCUCUCAACGGAAGUCCGAUUUUUGAGGAAACGAUACAAAUACUUGAUUACAAACCAAUCUCCAAAACCACAGCCAAAGCAAGAUUUUGUGCAACCACAGAAGUUUGAUACACGAAAUAAUGGUGCUACAAAGGGAAAGAAAUACAGUAAAAAAGAAGUGGCAUUGCGCCACCCAGUUCUAGUUUCUGAUUUAAACCGAAAGGAAAGGAUUUACAAUGGAGGAGAAGCCACCUUGAGGAAACCUGCUUCAAUUUUUGACUUAAACCAGAAGGUUAGGGCUUUCAAUGGAAAGGAAGCCGCUUUACCAACUUCUGCACCAAAAUUUGACCUGAACCAGAAGGAAAGGAUCUAUAGUGGAAAAGAUGCCGCUAAGCGGAACAGUACUCCAGUUUUCGACUUGAACCAGAUUUCGACAGAGGAAGAGGAAAUACAGGCUGAUUGUGAGCCAUUGAGAACAGAGGAGUCAAAGAAAAGUUUACUUAGAGGUGGAAGUGAUGAGCAACUCAAUGAUAUGAAGAUAUCAAUUUGUAGGAAUGUCGGAAGUGGGUCAAAUCGAGCAGGAAAACGGAAGAUUUCAUGGCAAGAUCAGGUGGCUUUAAGAGUUUGAGAUGUUUCUUCAAUUGCAAUUGAAGAUCCUAUACUUUCUUGGGGGUAAAAAAAAAAAUGUUGCCAUAUCUUGUUGUGUACUUCAAAUCUUCAUUUUUCUUUUGUAGUUUUGUUGGGGUUCUUCCCUCCAGUGUAAAGUCGAAAUAGUUUUAUAUAUAUUGAACAUAUAGAUGAAACAAUGGAAUUGAUGAUCAGGAAUCGAAUAGGUGUUUAACUAUCUUUGAACAUCUCUUUUAUGA